AUGCUCCAUCUCAAACACCCCCCCAAACCCACACCCACGGCUCAAAUGUUCGCCUACCGCGGGCCCGACAACCAUACAGUCCAAUACACCACGCUCCCCACCACACGUCUCAACGCCCAUGACUCCGACAACGACAGUGAUGGCCAGCCGCUGAUCAGGGCUCAGAUCGAUGAAGAAGCGGUGGGGGGUUUGGAGAACUUCACGGCGACGGGACGGCCUAUGCCGGUGUUUAAACAUAGCGCGCUGCAGAGUAUGGGGGGUGAUAUGUUUUCGUUGCCGCAGUUGUUGCCGAGGCAGUAUACGGAUGAUAGUAUCAUCCCGGCUAUUGUUACUAAUGUGAUACGGAAGAGUGAAGGUAAUGGGAAGAAAGAUGGUGAGGAUGAUGGGGUGGGGAAUGGGAACGGGAAUAGGAAGAGGAGGAAGAGCUUUCUGGGGAAGUUGAUGGGGGGAGGGGAAGAAGAAAAAUGGGUCUGGGGAGAAGGACGGGGUGCUUAA